AUGGAUCCAUCAUCGUCGGAUCAGCAGCAAUUAUUAGAGGCACUUGAAAAUAAUACUCUCGACAUUAUUGAUAAUUUAAAUCAAUUAUCCAUCAUGAUAGAAAUAUAUGACCCGAAAGAAACAAAACCUCAUUGGUUUGAAAAGAUUGAAAAAUUGGAUCAACAAUACACAGACUUGUUGUCUUUGUGUCAUUCCAAUGCCACCAUGCCUCUCAUGCAAGAACAAUAUCCAUACGAGGUAUUGCAAGUAAUUGAUAAGAAUGAAUCACCAGAUCAAUAUCUUCAAACUGUAAAGAAAAAGUCACAACAGAGAAUCGAGUUUGCAAAUGGUAAAAAAUCUGCUGUUGACCAAUUGCGAAAUGUUUUGCGAACAGAAUUAGAAAAACAUUUUCCUGAGACCACUGAGAAUGUGGUCAAAAAGGAAUAA